UUUGCGAGCUAGCUUUGGCAGAUCCCGAGCCACCAUGGCCACACCCUUGAGAUCCCGAUUGCUGCCAUUGCCAGUCCUCCUACUCGUUCUUGCAGGUGCAGCAGCCAUUGUUGGUGAGCAAGAUGAGCAGCAGCCGAUCACGCAUCCGGGCUGCCCUGACAAGUGCGGCAACAUGAGCAUCCCCUUUCCCUUCGGCCUGAUGCCGGGCUGCUUCCGCGAGGGCUUCCAGGUCACCUGCGACCACUCCUUCGACCCGCCUCGAGCCUUCCUCGCCGGCAGCAGCAUCACACUCAACGAGGCCGACAGCUGGGCGGCGGCGCUCCUCGGUGCCUCCUAUUUGGAGUACUCGUACCCCAAAACCUCGUGGUGGUUGGUGGAGGUCAUGGACUUAUCGGUCGACAGGAGCGAGGCACGGGCACACGGCCCCAUCACGUCCCGCUGCAGCACCAACGUCACUCACUUCAAGCUCAAAGAAAAGACAAUGACGCUGGAGGGACCGCUGGCCGUCUCGGAGGCGCUCAACGCCGUCGUCGGUGUCGGCUGGAGUGUCAGCGUCAUGGACAGCUCGCGCUCCACCUACCCUUCGACGUUCGCCUGCCGCUCGGAGCUCGCCGCCGGCCACCUCGAGCACGCAAGAAACGGGUCGUGCGCGGGACAGGGCUGCUGCGAGGCCGCCCUGAGCUCGAAGACCGUCUACAGCACCGUCAAUGGGGCCGCGCCAGAGGUCAAUGCCGAAAACAACACUCUGUGGAGGACCAGCCCGUGCUCCUAUGCCAUGGUGGUUGAGAAGUCACGCUACAGCUUCUCUACGGCGGACCUGUACGGCUACGAGGUGCUGCUGGGGAGGUUCCCCAGGGGCGUCCCCGUCGUGCUCGACUUCGCCAUCGUCGGGGACGCCGCUUGCCCGGGGAAAGACCAGCGGCCGCCGCCGGACUACGCGUGCGUCAGCAACAACAGCUAUUGUGCCAAUGCCACAGUUGGCCAGUCAAGCUAUGCACCCAGACUCAGCUACGUGUGCAAAUGCUCGGAGCACUACAAGGGCAAUCCUUAUAUCGCUGAUGGCUGCAGAGACAUCGAUGAGUGCCAGUUCCCUGACCUAUAUAAUUGCUCGAGCAAGGGCAUAUGUAUAAACAGACUGAAUGGCUACGAUUGCCCAUGCAAGCCCGGAAUGAAAGGCGAUGGGAAAUUAGGACAUUGUGCAGAAAAAUUCCCCCUAGUAGCCAAGGCGAUUGUCGGUACAAUCGGCUGUGUUUUUGUCAUUGUAGUUAUGUCAUUUCUACUCCUUCUUCGCAAAGAGAAAAACAAGACAAAAGAGUUCUAUAAAAAGAAUGGUGGGCCUACACUAGAGAAAGCAAAAAAUAUAAAAGUUUUCAAAGAGGAUGAGCUCAAGCCUUAUUUAAAAGAUAGCAAUUUUAUUGGAAAAGGUGGUUUCGGUGCAGUUUACAAGGGCAACCUUGGUAAUGAACCAGUUGCAAUCAAGAAGACUAUUAGUGGUAGUCUGCUAGAGAAUGAACAAUUUGCAAAUGAGGUCAUCAUACAAUCCCAAGUCAUCCACAAGAACAUUGUUAGGCUCAUAGGUUGUUGCCUGGAAGUUGAUACCCCAUUGCUAGUAUACGAGUUUCUUUCCAAGGGUAGCCUCCAUGACAUCCUUCACGGCAACGACAAGAAGCCUCUGAGCUUGGAUACACGUUUAAGUAUUGCUGCAGAAUCUGCAGAUGGUCUAGCUUACAUGCAUUCAAAAGCAAACACCAAAAUCCUACAUGGGGAUGUUAAACCAGCAAAUAUACUUUUGGACGAUAGGUUUGUUGCCAAGAUUGCAGACUUUGGCAUAUCGAGGUUGAUUGUGAGAGACAAGCAACACACCGGGAAAGUCAUCGGUGACAUGAGUUAUAUGGAUCCCGUAUAUCUACAGUCAGGCUUACUAACUGAAAAGAGUGAUGUAUACAGUUUUAGAGUUGUGCUCUUGGAACUUAUUAGUAGGAAGAAGGCCACACACUGUGACAACAAUAGCUUAGUGAGCAGUUUCCUUGAAGCUGAUAAAAGGGAGAAAGUAUCCGAUUUUUUUGAUAAUGAAAUUGCAAUAGGAGAAGAUUUGGAGAUCCUUCAAAGUCUACCAGGGAUGGCAAUCGAAUGUCUCAGCCUUGAUGUGGAUAAAAGACCAGACAUGACAGAUAUAGCACAUCACCUUCUCUUACUGAAUAAAUCCCGUAAAUUGUAAGCCGUUUCAAGUAAGUUAUUUGAUAUUUAGUUAGUAUAUAUUUAUGUCAUGAUUUCGAAUAAGGACAAUUCAUAUCAAUACUUUUUAUUGUAUUAUUUUGAGCAAAACAUUUUCAAUAGAUGUAGAGGAUGCACCCAUUAAUUUCCUGAAAUUUCUUAUUUCGCCGUUACUCAC